AUGGGGAAUAUACCCCCAGAGAUCGGCCAUCUAACGAAACUCAAGGUCCUCCACCUAGUUUCCAAUGAGUUAAAUGGAUCCAUUCCCCAAGAAAUUGGGCAAUUGCAUUUGCUCAAUGAGCUCGCGCUAUAUUCGAACCAGUUGAAUGGACCCAUACCUUCCUCAUUAGGUAAUUUGAACAAAUUGGCUAGACUGUAUGUCUACAACAACUCUAUUUCUGGUUCUAUUCCUCCUGAAAUGGGAAAUAUGGCAAAUUUGGAAGUGCUUCACAUGGACACCAACUUCCUAACAGGACCGAUUCCUUCCACUUUGGGGAACUUAACCAAAUUGAUAGAGCUAAACCUAUUUGCUAAUGAGCUUACUAGUUCCAUCCCACUGGAGCUAGGGAAUUUGAAUUGUCUUAAUCAGUUGAACCUUUAUAAUAAUAAUCUUACGGGUUCAAUCCCACCAACAUUAGGCAAUUUGACGGAGCUUACCUCUCUUUAUCUCUAUGGUAAUAAGCUUUCCGGUCACAUUCCUAAUGAAAUGGGAAAUCUCCACGCUAUGCUUGCCUUAGAGCUAAGUACAAAUCAGCUCACCGGACCAAUUCCUUCUUCUUUUGUUAAUUUUACUGACCUAGACAUCAUAUCUCUCGGAGACAAUCAACUUUCCGGACGGUGGCUAGUAGAAGGUUUCUCAAAAACCUCAUUGUCAAUAAUUAGUUUGUCCAACAACAAAUUUGAAGGUCCACUUCCACUCCCAUCGCCCUUCACAUAUUAUUAUGCGAUUGCAAAUAAUAAAAUAGUAGGGAAGAUCUCAUCAUCGAUAUGCAAUGCCACCAAUUUGUCAUUCCUCAUCUUGUUUAAUAAUAGCUUAUCUGGUUGCCUACCUGAGUGCUUAUCAAACUCAAGCAUUGGUUUAUCUGUUUUGAACUUGCGAAUGAAUAGUUUUUUCGGCACAAUCCCUCAAACAUUUUCACUGGGAAGUAGAUUGAGAACUCUUGACUUGAGUCAAAAUCACUUUAGAGGCCCAUUGCCCCAAUCCCUUGUCAAUUGUAAAAACCUAGAAGUUCUUGAUUUUAGCAACAAUGAGAUAGAAGAAAAGUUCCCAGCAUUGUUGGGAACAUUGCCUGAGCUAAAAGUUCUUAUUUUGAGAUCCAACAAUUUUAAGGGUUUUUUAGAUUUUCCAAGGGUACUUGAUCUCUUUCCUAAGUUGCACAUUUUGGACCUCUCAAAUAAUAACUUCUCUGGUCCUUUACCAGCCAAUUUAAUAGUGAAACUUCAAGGUAUGAUGAAAGGACAAAAUGGGCAAAAGCCAAAAGACAAAUCAUUGUACAUGACGAAGACAUUUGCUGGGAUGGUCUAUGAAGAUUCUGUGAAAUUGAUCAUUAAAGGACAAGAGGCUAAGCUAGUCAGGAUCUUGAACAUCUUAGCAACUAUCGACUUAUCGCUCAACUCUUUUGAAGGGAACAUCCCAAAUGUUAUUAGACAUCUUUAUUCUCUCAUAGGGCUCAACCUUUCCCACAACCACCUCACGGGGUCAAUUCCUCUAACUCUUGUAAACUUGACUAAUCUUGAAUGGUUAGAUCUAUCUUCAAACAAGCUUAAUGGGGGAGUUCCUAGAGAACUAGGAGAUUUGUCAUUCCUUGGCUAUUUGGACCUCUCAGAGAAUCAACUCAUAGGUCGCAUACCUCAAGACAAGCAGCUGAGCACAUUCACGAGCAACUCAUUUUAUGGAAAUCUAGGCUUAUGUGGAACUCCAUUACAAAACACAUGCCCCGGUGAUGCUCAGCCUCCUCCACCACCAUGGUUGUUCUUCCGAGAGGAUAGUAUAAGAGAGUAUGGUAGCAUGUUUGACAGGAAAGCAGUUGGGAUAGGCUAUGCAUCUGGAAUCGUGAUUGGAAUCUCCAUAGCAUAUAUUUCAUUUGAAACAGGAAGACCCAAAUGGCUUUGGGGACAAGUGAGAAGCAUGGAGAGAAGAACCAAAUUGAUGAAGAAACCAAAGCGGAAGGCUAUCAAAUUUCUUGGAGGCUGA